AUGGUCAUGGUGACCAGUGUCCUUCGGCGGGCAACCGCCGUUACCAUACUUGAGAAUGGCUCCUCAAGCGAGGAAUUCUCGCGUCAAUCGUUUAUAGGGGAUGGACAACAACCCCGGCGAUCGAGUCUGGCAGGCUUGUCGAUUCGUCUGUCACGGUCUAAGAGAUCCAAGUCGGCGAAGCAGGUGGACACAUGGUCUGAUCUUGCCGCGCAAAAGUUAGGCGAGGCUUUAUUUUCGCUACCGCACGAGAUAGUCGUCCAAAUCCUCUGUUGUCUCCCUCCGACGGACAUAUUGGCUUUGCGUCUGACUUCUCGCCCCAUCUACUGUUUUCUUCAGGCACACGCCACGCCGAUAACACGGUCGUUGCUCAAGCGAUGCGCCUACGAGCAUACCUGUCCUCCGUCAGAGGAUAAUCUAGAUGUCGAAACAGCGCAAUAUACCUACAACUACAUCCAAACUCUUUACCCUCAGCCACUACUCUGCAACUCCACGGAUUAUCUCCUGCAAAUGCUCCGACGGCAAGCUCAAAUUGAUAGAAUACUAUCUGUCACCGUCGAGUACAUACACAUGAAGAUCUACAUGCUUCCCAGCUGUCCACGCUUCGACGACUUUGGCCCCUACAGACUGAAGCUGAUUCGACGCCUACAUUUGGCUGCUUGGACGAUCUACCACUCUCUAGAGAAAUACAGGGAAAUGCUCAUUUUCGAACAUCCGAGCCACCCACGCCCAAAAGCACCUUCUGAAGCAAGGCAGGGCACUGAGGAAGAGAGAAUUGCUUCCUGUCCAUCAUGUGCCCGGUUUGUAAAGACUCUCCUGCCUCUCUACCCCGGUACCGAAGUCAUCCCGGCAUAUAACUUCUAUCAGCUCUGUCGACAGCAUCUGCGGUUGUUGAGUCGAGCGCCCGCAUAUGCCGGAACAAUCGAGCGGAAGCUCAGAGGUCGGAAUCGUAAACCCCCAACUGAUGCAGAUCUAGCCACAUUUGUGGUCCUGGGCGGCAUUCCUGAAAUGUGUAAGCUAAGCAUGCUCAAGGGGACGUACAGCCAGCGGAUCGAGGUGAUCGGUUCGUUCCUGGACAAGGUCAACGCCGGGGCAGCGGAAGGUCCAGAUGGAUGUGGCAGAGUGGAUGCUUCUUCAGUGCCACAGUCACAAAGGUCUGCAAUCACAGCCAGCAUACUGUCACCAGCUUCUUUCGCCUCACUCACAGCCCCAAUGACCGCACCACUCCAGCACGUCACGCAUGAGACAUUGGAUGCUGUGCCGGAUCUGGACAGCCUUGUCACCGAUUCCAAUGAAUGGAUCAGGUGGAUGUUUCAGCUAGUGGGCCCAGAUGACCAGAUCCUCAGUCCUUUGGGAUUCGUGCAGAAUGUUCUGGCGGGCAAGGGGCACGGGCGGCGAAGUUGCCACGGAGGUGAAGGGGAAUCCCAUGACCACGAGGAAGACCAAGGCUCGCAGUUGGACUAUUUGGCUCCUGUGAAAGGUUUCGAUUGA